AUGGGUGAUGACUAUGCAAAGGAAAGGGCGAGCUUGAGAGCCCAGGCCAGACGUCGAGAAGAAGAAGCUGCCCGGCAAUUUCUAGAUGAAGACAUCUUCAGCAUCCGUCUGGAGAGUCGCCAAUCACCAAGACCAGUACCGCAACAACAGUCCCCACACUUUGAACCCAUACCACGAAUCUCUCAACUCCGGCUAGACGCAGCUUCUCCUUCUUCUCGACAGGCACAGCUGGCUGGCUCCUCUGCAAGUUCGUUGCAGAGUGGCAGUCCGCUCCCCGGCCAGAGACACGCAUCCGCCACCUUUUCUCCAGGCUCUUCCUAUGAUGACAGUCCUUCUUUCCAGCGCGGACGACCCACCGGCUCUUCGGUGGGUGUCAGCCCAUCUUAUUCCCGGCAGGGACAACUGGCUGGAGCCUCUUCAGAUUCUUCUCCGGAAGAAGGAGGAUGGACCAGCCCAUCAUCUUGGCUCACCAGUCUCAUCCCGGGUGGGCAGCAAGUCACAGACCACUUUUGGUCUCAUCACGUCCCAGAUUGCCACUGCUUCCGCUGCCGUCCAGCAUAUUACACUCCCACGGGUGACUAUAUCAUGAAACCUAUUGUCGAAUAUUUCCGAGGUCCAUGUCCCAUGGGCUGUACGUGCCCGUACUGCCUAGAGCAAAGAUCCAGAUGGAAAGCGCAAAACAAGUGUCGAAACGAUGGUCACAAGUUAGAGAGGCCCCUGCAGUGCAAGUCACGCUUCUGUGCGUGCAAGAUCGGAUGUCAGGAAUAUUCAUGCAUCAAAUGCGAGCCCAGAGCGCCUGAGAAUCCGAUCCUUCGACAUCUGGUGGCAACGCAAUCUCCUGCUGCAAGCCAAGCAUCUGGUGAUCGUAGUGAUGCUUCUCCGAGUGGGACUCCGAAAAGCCGGGCAAGCAGAAACUCAGCUACUGCGGAUCAGGAUCAGAGUGUCGUCAGCCGCGGUGAUGCCUUGCAAAGUCGCCUGUCGACUGACAAAAUACGACGGCGCAAGAAGUAA